UCGGCACCCGGGCGCUUGGCCGGGUGCACGGCGGCUGGCGCACGGCGGCGAGGUAGGCUGCCGGGGCCGGGUGCAGGACGGGCCGGAGGGGUGUGUGUGCGCGUGUUGGACAGAAGAUCCAGGCAGAAGCAGAGCCAGGCGGACCUGAGCAGCCAUGCUUCCCGGGGUGGGCGUGUUCGGCACCAGCCUCACGGCCCGUGUCAUCAUCCCGCUGCUGAAAGACGAGGGCUUCGCGGUGAAGGCGCUGUGGGGCCGCACGCAGGAAGAAGCGGAGGAGCUGGCCAAGGAGAUGAGCGUCCCCUUCUACACGAGCCGCAUCGACGAGGUGCUUCUGCAUCAGGACGUGGACUUGGUGUGCAUCAACCUGCCGCCGCCCCUCACCAGGCAGAUCGCUGUCAAAACCCUGGGUAUCGGCAAGAACGUCAUCUGCGACCGCACGGCCACGCCGCUGGACGCCUUCCGCAUGAUGUCGGCCGCCCACUACUACCCGAAGCUCAUGAGCAUCAUGGGCAACGUGCUGCGCUUCCUGCCGGCCUUCGUGCGCAUGAAGCAGCUGAUCGAGGAGGGCUACGUGGGCGAGCCGCUGGUGUGCGAGGUGCAGGUGCACAGCGGCAGCCUGCUGGGCAAGAAGUACAACUGGAGCUGCGACGACCUGAUGGGCGGCGGCGGCCUGCACUCGGUGGGCACCUACAUCAUCGACCUGCUCACCUUCCUCACCGGCCAGAAGGCCGUCAAGGUCCACGGGCUGCUCAAGACCUUCGUCAAGCAGACCGACCACAUCAAGGGCAUCCGCCAGAUCACCAGCGACGACUUCUGCACCUUCCAGAUGGUGCUGGAGGGCGGGGUGUGCUGCACCGUCACCCUCAACUUCAACGUGCCCGGCGAGUUCAAGCAGGACGUGACGGUGGUGGGCUCGGCCGGGCGCCUGCUGGCCGUGGGCACCGACCUGUACGGGCAGCGCAACAGCGCCCCGGAGCAGGAGCUGCUCGUGCAGGACGCUACGCCCGUGAGCAACUCGCUGCUGCCAGAGAAGGCCUUCAGCGACAUCCCCUCGCCCUACCUGCGCGGCACCAUCAAGAUGAUGCAGGCGGUGCGCCAGGCCUUCCAGGACCAGGACGACCGGCGCACGUGGGACGGGCGGCCCCUCACCAUGGCCGCCACCUUCGACGACUGCCUGUACGCCCUGUGCGUGGUGGACACCAUCAAGAGGUCCAGCCAGACGGGCGAGUGGCAGAACAUUGCCAUCAUGACGGAGGAGCCCGAGCUGAGCCCCGCCUACCUGAUCAGCGAGGCCAUGCGCCGGAGCAGGAUGUCCCUGUACUGUUAGCGUGGACUGGGGACCUAGGGGACUUAGGCCUUCUGCGGGGGGCCCGCAGAGGGUGAAAGACGUAGGGGAGAGGGUGGCCACGGGA